ACUCCCUGGGGACGCGGAGGGCGCGUGGACCUCGAGGUCUCCGCCCCCGGCCCGCCGCCCCCGGCCCCCCGGGGCCCAGCCGACCAGCCCCUCCCCCUUCCGGGAGGGGCCGGGGCGGGGCUUUCCCCAGGGGCCAGGCCGAGGCAUCCCGAGUUGGCGCGGGCCGGGGCGGGCGCCGGGCGAUUACGGCUGGGGGGGCGGGCGCCCAGGGUAUUGGGGUCAGGGUGGCAUUAGCGCAGCUCAAGCCGGGCUGGGCUGACUCAGCGCCUGGCCCCGACAGCCCGUCCCUGCCAACCCUGCGCUUCCCGGGGCGGAGAUGGGAGAUGGCGCCCGUGCUGCCCCUGGCGCUGCCGCUCCAGCCCCGCAUCCGGCUGGCGCAGGGGCUCUGGCUCCUGUCCUGGGUGCUGGCGCUGGCCGGUGGCCUCACCCUCCUGUGCAGCGGGCACCUCCUGGUCCAGCUGUUGCACCUUCGCACCUUCUUGGCUCCCUCCUGCCCGUUCACGGCCCUGCCGCAGGUGGCCCUGGCCGCGGGAGCCGUGGCUCUGUGCACCGGACUGGCGGGCGCGGGAGCCAGCAGGGCCAGUUUGGACGCAGCUCAAUACCCGCCCUGGCGAAGGGUCCUGGGCCCCCUGCUGGUGGCUGGCACGGCUGGGGGUGGCGGGCUGCUGGUCCUCGCCCUGGCGCUAGCCUUAGCUCUCCCUGGAAGUCUGGACACGGGGCUGGAGGAGGGCCUGGGCGCUGCCAUGGCUCACUACAAGGACACGGAGGUGCCUGGGCACUGCCACGCCAAGCGGCUGUUGGAUGAGCUGCAGCUGAGGCACCACUGCUGCGGGCGCCAUGGGUUCAAGGAUUGGUUUGGGGUCCAGUGGGUCAGCAGCCGGUACCUGGACCCCAAUGACCAGGAGGUGGUUGACCGCAUCCAGAGCAAUGUGGAAGGCCUGUAUCUGACUGACGGAGUCCCUUUUUCCUGCUGCAACCCCCACUCACCCAGGCCUUGCCUGCAAGACCGGCUCUCAGACCCCCACGCCCACCCCCUCUUCGAUCCCCGUCAGCCCAACCUAAACCUCUGGGCUCAAGGAUGCCACGGGGUGCUGCUGGGGCACCUGCAGGGGCUGGCGAGCACACUGGGCAGCCUGCUGGCUGUCACCUUCCUGCUGCAGACUCCGGUGCUCCUGGGCCUGCGGUACCUGCAGACGGCACUGGAGGGGCUUGGAGGAGUCAUCGAUGGGGCAGGGGAGACCCAGGGCUAUCUCCUGCCCGGGGGGCUGAGGCACAGGCUGAGAACUGCCUGGCUGCAGGGCGGGGCUGCCCACAGGCCAGCACCCGGGGAGGCCCCUGCAGAAGAGGCACCGCCUGGGGGGGAUCCGCCUGAGGCCUAGUGGCCUGGAGCUGGGGCUGGGGGUCGGGCAGAGGGAGAAGGGGUGGAGAAGCAGGAAACCUCACAACUCUUUUGCCAAGGCCCCUGGUGGGGAAGUUGUGUGUGUGUGUGUGGGGGGUCCCUGGGAUUAGAGCGGUUAAGAAUAACUAGCAAGCUGGACGGGGUAGGAGAAAAAACGAGGGGUCUGAGGACCUAGAGCAGCCCAGAAACAGAAAUCCCAGGAGGUGGGCAAGCGGCACGGGAGGCUGCGAGCUUCCCUGCGGACUCAAGGAAGCUUCCGGACUGAAGCCGCUGGUCUGCUCCUCAGGGGCGGGUCCCUGAGAGAAUGGCUUUCUGUCUGAGAGAGAAGCCAGGAGGCCAGGGUUUUGACCCGGUGGGAAUCAGAACACAGAAACAGACUAAUAAAACGAAAAGAAUGAGAGGCCA